GCGUUCGCAUCUAUUGCGUUUGGAAAACGUCAGCGUUUCGGAACUCCUUGUCCGGAGGAAAAAUCAAGUCAGUCCAGACGUGGAAACUCAGAUCGAACGCGACCGUCAGCGACAGCGUUGGGAUUUUUUCUGUCACUUUGACUGGUUCCAUGGCGCAACGAGUAAAAAAAAAAAUCAAAACACGAAGUCGAGGUAGAACCCACCAAGAAAGAAAAAAUGGAAGUCGUCGUUGAUUUCUGAACGGCGAAGUCCCAGUUCGAGAAAGAGAGAAUUUUUCCGACAACCUCUCAAAGGUUAUUAAUUCAUCGUCUUGAUCCUUGAUUCUUACAAAAAAAUCUUCUGUUGGGCGCUGCGUCUCAUCUGCUCUUAGGUCUUGACUGAACUCCGACCAAAUCAAGUAGCCAUGAAACAUCUAUCUGAUCCUAGAAAGGUGCAAUGGACCUUUUGUUGGCUUAACAAUCUGAUCUUAGUGAUGCGGAAACUCGGACUUUGGAGUUUAAUCGAGAAGCAAUCUCGGCUCGAGAUGGCGAAUAACGGGGCAGCGUCAUGUGCAGAGAGGGCUACAAAUGGUAUGCUGGUUGGUCCUGAUUGGACAAUCAACAUCGAACUCUGCGAUAUCAUCAACAUGGAUCCGAGCCAAGCCAAAGAAGCAUUGAAGGUGCUCAAGAAGCGGUUAGGAAGCAAAAAUCCGAAAGUACAGCUUCUAGCUCUUUAUGCAUUGGAAACCCUGAGUAAGAAUUGCGGUGAGAAUGUGUAUAAGCUGAUCAUAGACCGCGGUAUUUUGCACGACAUGGCCAAGAUAGUGAAGAAGAAGCCUGACUUGAAUGUAAAGGAGAAGAUACUUAGCUUGUUAGAUACAUGGCAAGAGGCUUUCAGUGGACGUGAGGGAAGAUACCCGCAAUACUACAACUCGUAUAAUGAACUCCGGUCUGCUGGAUUUGGUUUUCUGCCACGGACAGAGAGCAGUGUAUCGUUCUUUACUCAGCCCGUUGCGUAUUCUGCAGCGUCGGAUGAAGAUGCCGCUAUCCAAGCUUCACUGCAGAGUGAUGAUGCUUCCACUCUAAGCUUGGAAGAGAUCCAAAGUGCUCGGGGAGCUGCCGAUGUCUUGAUGGAAAUUCUUGGAGCCCUCGAUCCUCGGCAUCCCGAGGAUUUGAAGGAAGAAGUUAUUGUUGACCUUGUCGAGCAAUGCCGCAAUUACCAGAAACGUGUAAUGGCUAUGGUGAACACCUCUACAGACGAGGAGCUUCUCUGUCAGGGAUUGGCAUUGAACGAUAGUUUGCAGCGUUCUCUUCAGCGUCAUGACGAUAUCGCCAAGGGGAACCCUGUUUCCACGAGUGAAGUCGCUACCGCUUCCCCUCCCGUACCGCUUGUCAACAUCAACCAUGAUCAUGAUGAUGAUGAUGACGACGAUGAUGAUGAUUUUUUCCAGCUAGCUCACAGGUCGAAGAGGGAGAAGGGUUCACAAUGGUUCAGCCCUGUUCGUCCUCCACCACCUCCUACAAUGAGACCGGUAUCCGUUGAUUCCGAUAAUGCUGACUAUAUCCGCGGCGAUAUAUACAGACCGAAAGGAUCUCCAGAGAAUGUUAGACCACCACCAGCUCGAGGGUAUUCCCCUUCUGUUUUUGAUGAUCCAUUUCCCAUGAGAAAAUCUCCCGAGCAAUCACUGGUCGUUGGAAAUCUCCCGCCACCGCCUUCCAGACACAACCAGAGGCAACAGUUCUUCGAGAGACAUCGUAGUUCGAGCAGUGGCUCGGAUUCCUCGUCCGACGGUCUGGUGGGUCAGACUCGGAACCUUUCUCUGAAUCCUAAUGCUUCUGGUAUCGGUCCGAAGAAAGAGGAGGAUGCCCUUUUCAAGGACCUGGUUGAGUUUGCCAAAGCCAGGUCGUCUUCUUCCUUCCCGAAACCCAACGGUCAGAAUAACCGGUCGUUUUGAGAGAACUUCAGUUGUCAUUGAUUGAAUGGAUGAUGAUGAUGAUGAUGAUAUAGUAUCUUUGUUACUGUCCAAUUAAAAGUGAAUCUAGACCACAGUUUUU